AAUCUUCUUCUUUUCAGCAUCCAAUGUCCAUUCUCUCUUGCUUCGCUCUUCCAAAUUUCGCUCCUUUUUGAUUCCUUUUCAUGGCUUCCUCCAUCCCAUCAAUGUCCAGAUUGCUGCAGAAGAACCUCAGCUUUCUGCCUUCCAGUGGAUUCUUCAUUCGUGGACCAAACGCUUCCAUAGCGAGGUGCCAAACAGUGAUUGGUGUGGGAAGUGAGCUUUCAGUGUCAUCAGUUCACGGGAGAUGUCAUGGUGAUUCUAUUGUUUGUUCCAGGGUUUCAUCCAUUGUGCCGGUGUUUAGGAACCGACAAGUCUUCUGCAAAGCUGAAGAUGAUAUCUCUGGGGAGGUUCCAAAUAGUCCUUCUCAUGAAAUUAGCCAGUAUGAGAGAAUUGUUGAACUUCUUACCACACUGUUUCCUGUCUGGGUGCUACUAGGCACACUUAUUGGCAUAAUAAAACCAUCUGCAGUUACUUGGUUGGAAACAGAUCUUUUCACUGUUGGAUUGGGUUUAUUGAUGCUUUCAAUGGGCCUUACAUUGACUUUUGAGGAUUUUAGGAGAUGUAUGCGAAACCCAUGGACAGUUGGUGUGGGAUUUCUAGCUCAGUACAUGAUUAAACCAUUGUUAGGAUAUGUCAUUGCAAAGACUUUGCGCUUGUCUGCACCCCUUGCUACUGGUCUUAUUUUGGUAUCCUGCUGCCCUGGAGGGCAGGCAUCUAAUGUUGCAACUUAUAUAUCAAAAGGAAAUGUUGCACUUUCAGUUCUCAUGUCAAUUUGCUCAACCAUUGGUGCUAUUGUCAUGACUCCACUCCUUACCAUGCUCCUUGCUGGACAGCUUGUUCCUGUAAAUGCAGUGGGUUUGGCCAUCAGCACUUUUCAGGUGGUUUUGGUGCCAACCAUCACUGGAGUGCUAUUACAUGAAUAUUUCCCAAAAUUUACAAAGAAAAUAAUCACAUUAAUGCCAUUGAUUGGAGUUGUACUUACCACACUGCUUUGCGCAAGCCCUAUUGGUCUAGUUUCAGAAGUUUUGAAGACCCAAGGAACACAAGUGAUUAUACCUGUAGCUAUCCUACAUAUUGGUGCUUUUGCUCUUGGCUAUUGGCUUUCAAGAGUAUCAUCAUUUGGUGAAUCGACUUCACGCACUAUUUCUAUAGAAUGUGGGAUGCAGAGCUCAGCGCUUGGAUUUCUACUCGCAAAGAGACACUUCACAAAUCCUCUUGUUGCUGUACCUUCGGCUGUCAGUGUUGUUUGUAUGGCGCUUGGUGGCAGUGUCCUCGCUGUAUUCUGGAGGAACAAGCCAAUUCCGGCCGAUGACAAGGACGAUUUUGAAGAGUGAAACAUAUAGCUUGUUCUUCCACUUGCUCUAGUGUAGAAAUACAGUCCAUCUGGAUGUUUUGUUUGGAUUUUGGUAUUUUAUCUGUGCCUAAAAUUUCUCAGCAUUUGUUGU